AAUUGACUAUCUCUAUCAUGAUUCAUCCAAGUAUCCAGAAGAAGACUGAAGUCGCAGAAUAUUGAAUCAUUAAUACAAUACAAACAGAUUAGGGCGGCGAAGUUUCCUGUCUUAACUUAAGUUGGAGGUUUCCUGUGCCUGCUUGCUCUCUUUUUAGACCUUUUGUAAUUUUGCACUGCAUUCCAUUUGCUCAAAGAAUCGUCUUCACACCAUACGCCGAUAGCUUGUUUUUCUCACAAUUCGCAAAUGGGUUUGUGGGAUUCCCUUCUCAACUGGCUGCGGAGCUUAUUCUUUAAGCAGGAAAUGGAACUUUCCCUGGUUGGCCUUCAGAAUGCAGGAAAGACGUCUCUUGUUAAUGCUAUUGCUACAGGGGGCUACAGUGAAGACAUGAUUCCAACUGUUGGAUUUAACAUGCGAAAAGUUGUAAAAGGAAAUGUGACUAUAAAGCUAUGGGACCUUGGAGGGCAGAGGAGAUUUCGUACUAUGUGGGAGCGUUAUUGUCGUGGUGUCUCUGCAAUUGUGUAAUAUUUCUCAUUCUCUUAAUGUUCCAUGUUUUUCAUGUCAUGUAAUACGGGAUAUCUAAGGAUUUCACUUAUUUUUUCUCUGAAUCAGAUGGAUCCUGAGGAUUGUCAGAGUUUUUCAACAUUUCAGCCUUCUCUCUUUUUUUACUCGUUCUAUCUCUCACUUACUCACUAAGUCCUUUUUGUUCUUUUAAUCAGAAUAAAUAUUACUAAAAAUGGUGUCCAAGUCUGAUAUUCUUGCCAAUAUAGCCAACCGCUUCAAAUUCUUAUCUUGGUGGCUUUUCUAAUAGACCUAUUUACAAUGUCUCUUUGGUUGAUGAAAUUUGCAGAUACGUCGUUGAUGCUGCUGAUAGAGACAGUGUUCCUAUAUCCCGAAGUGAGUUACAUGACCUUUUGACCAAGCCUUCCUUAAGUGGAAUCCCCUUGCUUGUUCUUGGAAACAAAAUUGACAAGUCUGAAGCACUUUCUAAGCAAGCUUUGGUGGACCAGCUAGAUCUUAAAUCGAUCACUGAUAGAGAGGUGUGCUGCUACGUGAUCUCAUGCAAGGAUUCCAUAAACAUAGAUUCUGUCAUCGAUUGGCUUAUCAAGCAUUCAAGAACUGCCAGCUGAGUAAGGGUGUGAUCUUGGGCAUGUUGAAUCAUUUGUUUAUGAAUGAUGAAGGUAUGAAUGAUGAAGGUGACGGCACCACACCAGAAUCGAUGCUAGAAACUUCAGUAGUUCAGUUUCAUUUAUGAGUUUCAUUUAUGCUUCAACCGAGUGUUUUGUGGGAAGUUGGAAUAUUUGAGCCUAGAUUUUUAGCCGUGCUUUAGACAAGAUGUUUUAUACUAGGCUCUAAGUAGAGCAACUGUUUUAUGUUGUUUCUUGCCACUGGAGUGUAGAGAUGAGUCCAGUCACCUCCGAAAACCAAUUGUCAUAUAAACAACUGUCAGAUUCAAAUCAAAAUGAUCAACCUAUCUUAGAGUUACUUGUUAUGUUAUUUGUCCCCAGAGGGUGAUGUUUUAUGGUUUGAUUCUUAUGAUGAAAAACUGAAUUACAUUUUUCUGUCAUGCCCUUGUUGCUGCUUUUCCUUUGAUAUGGGUGAGUAUUCGGGUGAGUAACCGAAGGGUUACCUCAAAACCGAAUCAAAAAGAAAAAAUGAAUUUGGAUUGGUUGUAAUGAUUUUUGAGUUUCACUGUUUUGGUUUUUGUAUUAAUUGAAUAAAUUUUGGUUCGAUUU